AUGUCCAGUGUACUGCCGAUUGACUAUACAAAAUGGACAAAGAAGGACCUUAUAGCCAAAAUAAGAAAACUAGAAAAUGGAUCGGUGCCAGGUGCAAGUACAAGUCUAGACACUGAAACUAAAACUGAAACUAAAACUGAAACUGAAAUUGAAACUGCAGCAAAGCUGGAUCAAGAGCAAGUGGGGUUACUUUCUACUGAAGGAACAAACAAUGGCCAAAUUUUAAAUUCAUCCGAUGAUCAGCUUCGACCAAAAGCCAAGGCGAAGAAAAGAAAAGAGUUUGACUGGAGUAAACAGAAUAUGCGUUUUGUUGCUAUAAAGUUUGCCUACUUGGGUUGGAACUACAAUGGUCUCGCUUUUCAAAGUGACCCAACACCGUUACCUACAGUUGAGGAAAUAAUUUUAAAAGCACUCGCAAAGGUGAAACUCAUUCGAGAACCAAUCGAAGAAGUAGAAUACUCCAAAUGUGGAAGAACUGAUAAGGGGGUAAGUGCCAUGAAUCAAGUUAUAUCGAUAAAGCUCAGAUCAAACUUGACACCACAAGAGCAACAGGAUCCUGCAUUUGAUGCAAAGGAAGUUGACUAUUUCACCGUUAUUAAUGCGAAUCUUCCAGCCGAUAUCAAAGUCCACGCUAUAUGCUUACGACCACCAGAAAAUUUCGAUGCAAGGUUCAGUUGCAAAGAGCGUCAUUACCGAUACCUAUUUAGAAAGACAUCCACCCUCGACAUCGAUUUGAUGGCUCAAGCUGCCGAAUACUAUGAAGGGCUGCAUGACUUUCGUAAUUUUUGUAAAUUAGAUGGGUCGAAACAAUUGACAAGUUUCGUAAGAGAUAUAAGGAGGUCUAAAAUCAUUCCGUUGGACAGUGAUGGCAAUCUUUACUGUUUUGACUUGAUUGGAAAUGCGUUCUUGUGGCAUCAGGUGCGUUGCAUGGUUGCAAUCUUGUUCCUUGUGGGUCAAAAAUUGGAAAGUCCUGAAAUUGUUAAGGACUUGAUGGACGUGACGAAAUUCCCAACAAAGCCCAUGUACGAAAUGGCCAAUGAUAUACCUUUGGUGCUUUACGAUUGUGUCUUCCCUGAAAUGGAAUGGAAGAAGUUUGAUUUGGAAUACAAGUUCAAUAGACUCCAUACUUCUUUUAGACUUUUGGCAUAUGAGCUUUCCAUUCAAAAUGAGGUCACCAAGAUUAUGGAAAAUGUAUUGUACGCUGAUAAACGUGAGGACGCGUUCAAACUGGCAAACUUGAAAGCAACGCCAUUGGGUGAUGGUGUGGGUCGGGCAUUUUCUGAGUAUAUUCCUUUAGGCAAGCGCCAACGUACUGAUGAUUAUAGAAUUAUUAAUGCUCGCUGGUUGGAAAAAAAGGCAGCUAAGAAAGCAAUGCUUGGUAAAGAACAACUUUAG